UGGUUGAUACUGAUAGGAUAAAAACAUAAAUAUCCAUAAAAAUAAUAGUUUAACAUGAUUUUCAGAAGAAGAAGAAUAGUCAGCGGAUUAGAAGGAGAUUCAUUUAUUUAAUUUACGUGCAUGAUGGAUCACAGCGGAGCCGAAACAACCAAAGUUUUCACCUUUGAAGAAAAUGAAAAUACACUUUCUGUCUCCAUACCUGAGGUUCUGGAUCCACAGUACGGUAUGUACGUGUGGCCCUGUGCAGUGGUGCUGGCUCAGUAUCUGUGGAGCCGCCGAGAGGAGCUGAGAGACAAAACGGUGCUGGAGCUCGGCGCAGGUGUGAGUCUACCAGGUGUGGUGGCGGCGAGCUGCAGCGCGACGGUGAUCCUGUCCGAUGACGCCAACAGGCCGCCAUGUCUGCAGAACUGCAGGCGCAGCUGUGAAGCCAACGGCCUCAGCGAUGUACGCGUGGUGGGUCUCACCUGGGGGGAAGUGUCACCUGACCUGGUCUUGCUUCCCAAAGUGGACAUCAUCCUGGGAUCAGAUGUUUUCUACGAGCCGGACGAUUUCGAAGACGUCCUCGUGACCGUUGCUUUCCUCCUCAGAAAAAACCCAACAGCUCAGUUCUGGACGACGUACCAGGAAAGAAGCGCCGACUGGUCGAUCCACUCGUUGCUCCACAGAUGGAAACUGAACUGUGUCGACGUUCGGCUGGAAAGUUUUAACGCCGAUAAACCUGGAUUGGCUGGAUCAACUCUGCCAGGCAGGCACAGCAUCCAGAUGAUGAUUAUCACACUGAAGACAGAUUCAGCCUGAUAACAGUAAACAUGGAGGAGAGCAACAACGAGAGACAUUUCACCUUUGUUGGACUUUUACGAAGAAAAACUGGAAGGAAACGAAUCAUAACUGAACACCUGCAACUAUGUCGCCCAUGUUAAUCAUCAUAUUUAAUUAGUUUAUUUGUCAGGGACAGUGAAU